AGGCGCAUCUAGUGCCCAGCGCUGGUAGUCGCGCAAUUCAACUGAAAGAAAUUCGUGGGGCUUUUCGAAAGCAUAAAGAUGAAACCGACACCAAGAUGAUUGCUAGUCUCGAACACGAGGCACUAUCUCGGAUGGCGUACUUGAAGAUGAUCACUCCACGCAAGGCAUCCUCUACGCGUCAGUCGGCCUCACCCCUACAAUCAGAUCAAGCGAAUCAAAAGCGAGAUAGAAAUCUGUCCGGUAGGGUUACAUAUGUCGUACGAAAGGGAUUGGUCGUUGAGGGUCAGGGAGAAGGGGAAGACAAGGCAAAAUACACUACUUGGGGAGCUGGUAAUCCCGAUCCAACUGCGGUGAAGAAACACUGGGACCUUUUCGAGAGGCAAAAGAAGAUAGGCCUGUGAAAUACAGUUAGCAUCUGGGCUGCAAGAUAGUUGACGAUGGGCGAGAUAGUCGAACAAUCUUCAAAACAAGCCCUUGAAAGCGUGGUGGUUCAUGGUUGAAGCGAUCAGUUAGUACGAAUGGCAGGUACAUUGAUUUGUGUAUUUAAAUUAUGUAUUAGAUAUGCUGGUUUGUAAGGCAAAUGAUGGCAGAGUCAUGCACGGAUGCAGUACACAUAGCAAUCAAUAUUGUGAUGUACCGGUUUAUCUCGAUCUCCGCUUAGAUUCAAGCCUCUCUCCGAGAUUUAUGAAUAUGGGUGAAUCGUCACUUACUACCAAUACAACAGCUGCAUGAUUGGCAAGGCAAUUUAUCGUGGACGAGCUAUAACAUCGAGCCGAAAAGGCAAAAUUGGGUGCUCAAUCAAUCUGCCCAUCAUAACUUAUACAUCAAGACAGGCAUGUCGUUGUGUUUGUAUUCAAUAAUGAUUCGCAUCACGAGACCGCAUAGUAUCGAAUUUUGGCGCUACUACAUGGACGGGUAUAUAUCCCUGUCGAGGAUUGAUACUGGUCGAAUGGCCAGGGUAGGCUAUGAUAGCAUAGUUUGACGUCUACAAUUAAGGUUUCAUUGCGUGGACAUCGGGUAGUAUAGAUUGACACCAAAGUGCAUCAUUUUUUACAGAGAAGCUGGACAGAAUCGAUCCGGGCUACUCAGAACACAUCUUAUCUAACUAUAGAAGGCUAGGACCUGUCUAUCGACAGUCAGUAGACAAGUGGCUGUUAGACACGAUGUCUUAAGACCUGCAUAAAGCGUACCCUUCUCUAUGUC